AUGAAGGAUGAAACAGAGUUGAACGCGCUGCUGCAGGGGUCCACCAACACCAGCGACUUCAAUGAGCGCUUGGUGGUGCCGCACUUCGCGUACACGGAGAGCGGUGCGAGCUGCGACAAGUUCGCGGCAGCUUUCAAAUGGCUGAUUCAGAUGAACGUGUCCCUCCCCGUCAUCUACCUGGCAGCGCGUAGCGACCCAAUCACCGGUGAAUCCCGCACCAAGGCGCAGUGCCAGGUCCUCAUCGAUGCACACCCCAGCAUCGUGUAUGUUGAGACGCUAGCGGGCGGCCACUUAUCCUGA